UGAGUGAUCUGACGUAGUGUUGAAAACUGUCCAGUUAACGGUGCUGCUGUUGCAAACAACCAAAUUUCACCUUUUACUCCAGUUAUUUGUUAGUUAUUCGCAGGGAGAGAGUAAUAAGGAUGCCCGAGCCAACGGAUAUCAACAGUCCUGAGGUGGCGAACACACCCGGGGGUGGCAGCGGUCACCCAAAAGAGGACAACGUGCUGAAUGGACACAAGGAAGGUGAAGCCAACCCCUUCGCCGAGUACAUGUGGAUGGAGAACGAGGAGGAGUACAACAGACAGGUGGAAGAGGAGCUGCUGGAGCAGGAGUUCCUGGAGCGCUGUUUCCAAGAGAUGUUAGAGGAGGAGGAUCAGGAUUGGUUCAUUCCUUCGAGGGACCUUCCACCCGGGAUCGGUCACAUUCAGCAGCAGUUUAACGGCCUGUCGGUCACCGACUCGAAUCCUGAAGACAUCGCUCGUAAAAGCCGUUUGAACCCGGAGGCGAAGGAGUUCGUGCCAGGAGUGAAAUAUUAGGGACGUUUCCGGCUCCCUCAUAAAGACUCUUGUGUGACUGCUGAUGGUCGGCAGUCACCCCCACUCAUGCCUCAGUUAAAAGCGGCAUGUGUAUUUGUGGGGUCGGUGGGGUGGGGGAUUCGGAUGCUUUUCUGUAAGCUUUUUAUUUUUGUCUGUUUUUCAUGUAUAAGCUGAACGGGGUGUCUGGGUGGGCCGGGCAAUCAAGUAAUCUUUCCAUCGAACCGCUUCGGAUUGUGAUUAGCAAUCUAGAUAAUCGUUUGUUUGCAUCUCUGAGAGGCAAUUGUGUGAUUUCCACUACUGUGAUAGUGACUAGCCGUUUGUCCCUGGACAGUGUUACAGUUCCAUUUAUUCCUGUCGUUUGUUUCCCUUUUGAAAUAGAAGGCAAGGUGGGGUAAGUUUAGGGGGUGGGAUGCGGAGGAGGAGGAGCGGGCGGGGUGAAAUGACUGACGCAGCAGAAAGAUCAUUGGCAGGUGGGCCAGUGUUUAAGCUGAUGGCAGCUGAUUCCUGUGAGGGAUUUCCAUGUUUUUUUCUUCUGUUGAAGUCCUUCACUGUGUGACUUGCAUUAACAAAAAUGAAGAAAAAAAAGUAUUAUGAAAUAAAAAGAGCGGGUUCCCUCUUG